UUAGAGCCCCUAAAGGUCAACAAUGAAAAACCGAACCACAUUUACUGAGUUUAUUCUCUUGGGUCUCACAAAUCAACCUGAGGUCCAGGUGGUGACAUUCAUCUUUCUGUUCCUCACCUACCUGCUAAGUGUCCUAGGAAAUCUGACGAUCAUCAUUCUCACUCUGGUGGACCCCCACCUCCAGACCCCCAUGUACUUCUUCCUCCGGAACUUCUCCUUCUUAGAAGUUUCCUUCACAUCCAUUUUUAUUCCCAGAUUUCUGACCAGCUUGACAACAGGAAAUAAAGUCAUCAGCUUUGCUGGCUGCUUGAUUCAAUAUUUUUUUGCUAUAUUUCUUGGGGCAACGGAGUUUUACCUCCUGGCUUCUAUGUCCUAUGACCGCUACGUGGCCAUCUGCAAACCCCUGCACUACCUGACCAUCAUGAACAGCAGAGUCUGCAUCCAGCUUGUGUUCUGCUCCUGGCUCGGGGGAUUCCUAGCUAUCUUUCCCCCAAUCUUCCUGAUGAGCCAGGUGGAUUUCUGCGCCUCCAAUGUUCUGAAUCACUAUUACUGCGACUAUGGUCCCCUCCUGGAGCUUGCCUGCUCAGACACAAGCCUCUUAGAACUGACAGUCAUCUUCUUGGCAGUUGUGACUCUGGUGGUUACUCUGGUGCUGGUGACUCUCUCUUACACAUUUAUUAUCAGGACCAUUCUGAGGAUCCCUUCUGCCCAGCAAAGGACAAAGGCUUUUUCCACUUGUUCUUCCCACAUGAUUGUCAUCUCUCUCUCUUAUGGCAGCUGCAUGUUUAUGUACAUUAAUCCUUCUGCAAAAGAAGAAGGUUCUUUCAACAAAGCAAUAGCUGUGCUCAUUACUUCAAUUACUCCGUUGCUGAAUCCCUUCAUUUACACGCUAAGAAAUCAGCAAGUGAAGCAAGCAUUCAAAGACACCAUCAAAAAGAUUGUGAAGCUUUAAAAAACAAAAUAUAUUUCCAGGAAAAUAUGUUUUAUUUAAUAAAUAUGUAUUCAGUGUCCACUCUAUUUCAAGUGCUGCCCUGGCACU